AAGCCAUUGCUAGGCCUGGCUCAGAGCAGGCCGUUUCCUACCCAGGAAGAACACGCACAAGAGGGUACCAGGCAGGGACCAAGCCAUCUGCUACCUCAGAAGGGAUGGCAGAUCUGGAAACAGCUUUCCGUAAAUAUGCCGUCUUUGGAGACACAUCCGCCAGCGGCAAUGACAUGACGAGCAAGAACUUCUCCAAAAUGAUGAAGGAAUGUGGCGUGAUGGAUGGAAAAUUAGUGACCAGCACUGAUGUGGACAUCCUCUUCAGCAAAGUCAAGACCAAGGGAGCCCGUAAUAUCACAUACCCGGAAUUUCUUGAAGCUCUCAAGGAGCUGAGCGUUAAGCGUUUCAAAGGGAAGUCCCCCGAGGAGGCAUUGCAGGCCACGCACCAGCUAUUAGUGGGCAAAGAUCCGUCUCUUGUGGGAGCAACGAAAUCUGUCACGGCUGGAGCAGUGGAUAGACUGACGGACACUAGCAAAUACACGGGCUCUCACAAGGAACGAUUUGAUGAGAGUGGCAAGGGCAAGGGGAUCGCCGGGCGUGCAGACUUAGCUCAGAACACGGGCUAUGUCGGGGCCUACAAGGGGGCUGGAACCUAUGACAAGAGCCACUAAAGGUGUGUGGAGGCCAUCUUGCAGCACCCUCUAAGAUCUUUCCUGUCCCUUUUGUCCAUGAACGGUAGGGGAGGCCAAUAAACAACUGCUCUGA